AUGUCCUCCCAUGCUCUCCUCCUGCGUCUCUUUCUCUCAUCUUCAUUCUUUUCGGUCCAUGUCGCUCUCAAAUAUCUCCUUCUAUACUCAGACAACAUAGGAAUUACUUAUUAUCUUACCCGCAGACUCAGAGAGUUGGAUGUGCAUGAAUUGCGGGACGUCUGGGGAUUUAUCUGCCAUCUUCUUGUAACUAGACCAACCAAGUCCAGGGCUCUCGAGUGUUUCGUGGUAGAAAUUGCACAACGCUCUACUCAUAUUGCUUUAAUCACGCUAUGGUUUAUGCAAGCUAAUUUGAACGAUCUGUCGUCACAUCGCGAUUCUCCUUCGUUCGUUAUAUGCCAGCGUGUCUUACAGAAAUGCCAUGAGAUCGUUUUUGGGGACCAGCUACUCCCUUCGACUUCUCCUUACUCAGGUUUCAUUCUUCCAGCCUAUACGCGUCGUCGUAAGAUUAAACAUCAUGCACAACCUGUCUUUGUGGGAUUAGGCGUGCUUUUGGCUGGUGCGCCUGCUAUGCCCCAACUUGCCGAAAUUACAGGUCAGGUAGCGAUUGAACAGGGCAGGGCCGAAGAAGAAGGUGAAGGACUUAGAGGACCGGAAAUCGAUGAACACGCCCCCUUAAAUUCUUCCAUGCGUGGUUUCCCUAAUGACGAUACUUACGAAUCCGAGAGUCCUCCAAGCCUCGAUGAUGAGCCUUCUCCUCCACCAGCUAAACUUGUACGCUCAAAUUCUGAUCUUGGAAAAAGCAGUAUAUCUGGCCGCCGGCGCAAUCCCGCUGCACAAACUCUUCCCGCGCUACCCCUACAUCUCCAAACUAUUCGCAAGUCACGACAAUCCCUUGACCCAUUAGGUCAACUUGACUCAGACAACACCAUAAUGCCAUUUCAAUCCUCACCCUCCCUUGCCUCUGCUCGAACUCCACUGCGGUCUGCGACCAUCAAUCGUGCUGACUUACUGCUGUCCAAAUACGAUGUUCAAUGCCAGACUCAUUUACUACGAGGGCAUUAUUACUCCUCCGAGGUUCAAUUUUUGCUCAGUCUUGAGAAUAUCUGCAAUCGACUUGUGAUCGUACCCAAGCCUGCACGCGUUUCUGCCCUUCGUGCAGAAUUAACAGCUCUCAAUCAUAAACUGCCAGCCGAGGUUUGCAUGCCAAUGUGGUGCUCGUCGUCCGACAGCCCAAAUCCGAAUAAUGGUGUUACCGAGCCACACCAUCGUAUAGUUCGAAUACCGCCCGGUGAAGCUGUGGUUCUCAAUUCUGCAGAACGCGCUCCAUAUCUACUUCUAAUAGAAAUACUUACCGGUGAUUUGGAUUUUGACCCUGACAAAAGGGCUAACAAAGAGAUACUUCGGAAGGUAGUGACCAAAGAAGGAGGUCAGAGAAGUACAUGGUCAGACUUUCGCCUCACUUCAAAUGCGGCACGAAAAGAUGCAGAAUCAAAUUCAGACUGGCCAGCGCGCACACCUCAAACUUCAAUGGGUCAAUCCCCUUACAUGUCUGCGGUACCUACGACCGCAUCCUCAUCUUCUAGUGCCCUUCAAGAUGAAGAAGAAAUUGAUCUAGUCGAGCAACUAUAUGGCGAAGAUCAGCCUCUGCGUUCCCGAAUGGUUGAUAUUGAAGAAUCUAUUGUCCUACCGCCGACACCGAAAAACAGAGAAUUGGACAUGGCAACUUGGGCACGUUCUUCUCCCAUCAUAAAUUCCGAGGAGCCCAGGCACAGACAAAGUCCUCAAGUGCAGCAUGUUCAUACCCCAUCUAUCAGUCGUGCACAAUCAUUGUCCUCCACUCAGUCACAAUUCCCCAUAACUGAAUCUGAACCCCCUCGUGACCUUUCACUGGAUGAGUAUUCAGAACGAAUGCGUACAGCCGCGAUCAUGUUGGCUCAGCUAAAUGCGGACCAAGGGCGAGAAUCAGUGAGUAAUCCUCACAGAGCAAACAGUGCAUCCCGUGCCGAUAGCCUUUCCGACCGUACGGGUAGAAGUGGAUCAGUGGAAAUUUCACAACCAAUGCAUACCCGGAUGCGGCUGCCUCGUGCUGAAGCCUCUGCCAUCCGUGAUCGCAUUAUGAAAGAGAUGCUGGCUUUGGAAGAAGAAAGAAUGGAGCGAAUGAAAGGAAGCGAGGGUGAGGCUAUGAUGAGAAGCAGUGUCGUCAGUGGGAGCUCGAAAACCGCUGAAGAUGAAGGGAUCAUUCGUCGGGAGCUCAACAAGGUUGACCCUUCCGCCGUGGUCUUCAGCGAAAGCUGGGCUACUAAAAAGGGUCGCAUACGGCAGGGAUCGCCUUAUGGACACUUGGCCAAUUGGGAUUGUGUAUCUGUGAUAGUCAAGACAGGAGGUGACCUAAGACAGGAACAACUUGCUGUACAGCUCAUACGCGAAUUUCAAUGUAUUUGGGCCGAGGAAAAAUGCCCCUGUUGGGUAAAAUACUUUCGAAUCCUGAUCACCGGUGCCACGUCUGGUCUGGUUGAAACAAUCACAGACGCAGUCUCAAUACACUCAAUAAAGAAGGCAGAGUAUGCUAAACGACUAGCUAGCGGUAGACUUGGACAUGUUACGCUUAUGGACCAUUUCGUUUCGACCUACGGAGAGCCCCAGUCGGCCAAGUUCGUCAGAGCUCAAAAAAAUUUCUCCAAAUCAUUAGCAGGGUACUCUAUCGUUACGUAUCUCCUCCAGGUCAAAGAUCGGCACAAUGGAAAUAUCCUCAUUGACCGAGAUGGUCACCUCAUCCAUAUCGAUUUUGGCUUUAUUCUUAGCAACACCCCAGGCAACAUCGGAUUUGAAGCAGCGCCAUUUAAACUUCCGCCUGAAUAUGUCGAAGUCCUUGGAGGUGUUACCGGACCUGCUUUUAUUGAAUUCAAAACGCUUUUCCGACAAGGAUUUGAAGCAGCCAGAAAGCAUUGUGACAGGAUCAUCACAUUGGUGGAGCUCAUGCAAAAAGACUCCAUGCUACCUUGUUUUGCAAUAUCCGGUGAACAGACUGCGAAUCAACUUAGGGAUCGAUUCCAACCUACCUUGACGCAUGCCUUGAUUGGUGAUCACAUCAAUCGCCUUAUUGACAGCUCUUUGGGCUCAAAUUGGACAAGAUUGUAUGAUUCGUACCAAUACUAUUCUCAAUCUAUCCUAUAG